UCCUUGAUAAACUGCUCUCUUGUUCUCUUUAUGUUCUUCAAUUUUUUCCAACCCUUUGUUCAUCCACUUUCCUUCAGCAUCAAUGAAUUUGGUCGAGAUGCAAACAACAUACUCUAUGAAGGUGAUGCCGUGCCUACUUCAGGAGUGAUUGAACUCAGCACGACCACAGCCACAGAUCUACAGGAUAUAUAUUGCCGCACUGGCCGGGCUACGUAUGCGGAACCUUUGCACUUAUGGGACUCUGAUAAACUUGCAGACUUCACUACUAAUUUCUCUUUCAUUAUCGACACUGUUCAUAAUGAUACCAACAUUGGUGAUGGACUUGUGUUUUUCCUUGCCCCUGUUCACUAUCCAAUUCCACCAAACUCUGCUGGUGGUGAUCUAGGAUUAUUAAACACCACUACUCGUUUUGACAAAGCAUCCCAAAACCAAAUUGUAAUGGUUGAGUUUGACACUUCGCCAAACUCAUGGGAUCCACUCUGGCCACACGUUGGGAUCAAUAUCAAUACCAUCUCCUCAGUUGUUAAUGCCCGUUGGGAUGCUCUCGGCAACAGUGGGAAGAAGGCUCACGUACAGAUAACUUACAGUGCUACCACCAAGAACCUCACUGUGUUUUGGACAUAUGAGGAAUAUACUGAUGUGGCCAUCACUUCGCUUUCUUACCCUAUUGACCUGAGAAAAGUUCUCCCAGAGUGGGUUACAAUUGGAUUUUCUACUGCCAAUGGGUGUGCCCGAGAGCGGAAUGCUAUAUAUACAUGGGAUUUCAGAUCAAACUCAAAGGAGUUAAGUACCAAAAAGGAGAGGAGGUUAUUCUGGAUUGGAGCCGUUGCAGUUUCUGUCUUCAUUUUGAUUCUUGGUGUAGCCACAUGCUGGUUGGUGGUAAAGAGGCAGAAAAACAGGAUUGAUGAACAUGGAAAUGACUCCAAUUCAGCAGCCUCUACAGAUCUUGUGUGGCAAGCCUUGCCAAGACGAUUUUCUUACGAAGAAUUAGUUGCAGCCACCAAUGACUUUGCAAACGACAGAAGGCUAGGCCAAGGAGGGUCAGGGAAAGUUUAUAAAGGAAUCAUACAAGAUCUAGGCUGCACAGUUGCUGUGAAGAGAAUCGUCCCAGAAUCCGAGCACUAUGAGAAAGUCUUCAUCAACGAAGUGAAAAUAAUAAGCCGCUUAAUACACAGGAACCUGGUGCAAUUCAUUGGAUGGUGUCAUGAGCAAGGCGAGUGCUUACUUGUUUAUGCAUACAUGCUGAACAGCAGCCUUGACACGCAUCUAUUCGGCUCUAGAAUAACCUUGCAAUGGGAUUUGAGGUACAAGAUAGCUUUAGACUUGGCCACAGCCGUUCAUUACCUACAUGAAGAUGCAGAGACGUGUGUCCUGCAUAGGGAUAUCAAAUCAGCUAACAUAUUGUUGGACUACGAUUUCAAGACUAAGCUUGGUGAUUUUGGGAUUGCUAAGCUCGUGGAUCCGCAGUUCAGGACUCAGACAACAGGAGUGGUAGGGACUUUUGGUUACAUAGCCCCAGAAUAUGCAAAUGGAGGUAGGGCUAGUAAAGAGUCAGACAUGUAUAGUUUUGGAGUUGUGGCCUUGGAACUUGCAUGUGGAAGGAGGACUUAUCAGGAUGGAGAAUUCCACGUGCCGCUUUUCAGGUGGGUUUGGCAGCUGUACCUUGCCGGAAAUCUGCUCUCUGCAGCUGAUGAGAGAUUGGAUAUGAAUUUUGUUCCAAAUGAAAUGGAAUGCUUGUUAAUUGUGGGAUUAUGGUGUACUCAUCCCAACAACAAAGAAAGACCAAAAGCAGGGCAAGUGAUGAGGGUUCUUCAGCUUGAAGCACCAUUGCCUCAACUUCCAAAAGACUUGCAUGAUUAACUUCUAGUUUCGAAACUGUGGGUCGUUAAAGUAGUACACCAAACAACUUCAAGGGCAAAUAGAUGAAGUUAAACGUAGGGAUGUUCAUUUCAGUGUUAAUUCUUCUUAUUUAGGAAGGGGGGAAAUAUGUGUGUGGCUGAGGGUGUUAUCUGGAUUUGGUGGACAUCAGUUUAC